AUGCAUUUGAUCCCCCUCCUCCUCACCGCUCUCAUUCAUUCCACCUUGGGCGGGAUAAUCCCCGUGCAGACCGCACUGUGCCUGCGCCGCCAAGGUCCUUGCAGCAACGAAUAUCCCGACAACCCCAAACUUUUUCUCGACCGCUACGAAUUAAACGCCAUGGCCCACAACCGCAAGGUCGAAUCCUUCUGUAUGAGGCUUGAAAAGUGGGGAAAGCUCCAGAGAAGACCAAAAACUGAAAGGGUUGAGUUCUGGCGCUGCUACGAUUACCUUUCUAUCCCGGAGAUCUAUCCCGAAGACGAGGAGCCAUAA